UUAUGUGGUGGUGCUCGUCGUCUUUUUGUCUUCAAAUACCAAACAAUCAAAGACAUCAUUGUCGUUGCAUGUGGUGGUCUUGCAAACGCGACCGGGAACAGAUUGAGGAAAGACAUUGUCGACAGUGACAGCAUAAGGCUGAGUCUAGUUUUCCAGUUAACAAGGCAAAAGAAAAACAAAAAAGAAAGCAAAGAGAAACAAAGAUGGAAUAUUCUCAAGACCCCUAUGAACUGAAAUUGUAUCAAAUGUUUAACAGUUGUGAUGGCCAACAGUGUGGCUAUCUAGAUGAACAGUCCCUAAGGAGACUCUGUGGUCUCCUGGAAUUGAGAGACAAAGGAAAAGUGCUUAUCGAAAAUUUGGCAGCCGAGGGCCGUACCUCACACGUUACCUUUGAGAAUUUCAAAGAAGCGUUGCUUAACUUCUUGGGCACAGAGUUGGAUGGCGGUGGCAGUUCGGUAAUGAUCGAACGAUCAUUAGUUAUUUCUGAACAACAACAUCAAUUGGAUCAAGAAGAAACAUUUAUAGACAGUCCCCCAGAGUCUUCGGAUCGAGAAGUUUCACCCAAGUUGGUGGUAGGUACCAAAAAAUAUGGUCGUCGUUCCAGGCCACACAACCCAAAGAGUGGAGAUGCCAGUGUUUCGGAUUCAGAAGAUUCCACAGAUGAAAAAGACUCCAACUCACAUCGUGAAUGUGUAACACAACAAGUUCAAAGAUCCACGUCACAAACCGACAUUCCUGGCACAAGACGUCGUCAAACUGUUGGUGUUACAGAAAGCAAACUAAAACGAUGUGCUUCGUUGCCUGCACAAAGGAAUCUAUUCAACCAGAAUAAGGCAAAAUUACAAAACAAGGCAAAAAUUGGUAACGAUUCUUUAAUACAGUUAGCAAAGAAACCUCUUAGCAGUAGCGUUGAAUCUCUCGAUACUCCCGGUUUAAUGGAAACCCUACCCGUCAAUACCAUUUUGGAUUUGUGGGAACGAUCAAACAUACCCAAUGGUCGUGGAAUUCUGUUGGCAUUGGGUUUUGAUAGCGAUGAAAUAAAUUUGGCCCAAUUGAACAAGGUAAUGGAAGAAGAAAUACCAAAUUUGGAUGAAGAGCCUCAACAGGCAUUGAUGAAGGCCUGCUUGGCAUUGCAAUCAGUGGAGUUGGCGAAUUUAAGGCAAACUUCUAAACAGCUACACGAUGAGAAUUCUAAGCUUAGAUCGGAUAAUAAGGAUGCCAACAGACGCAUUGCUUUAUUGGCAGUAGAAAUCGACGAGAGGCAUGCUUCGCUUGAAGAUGCUACCAAAAAAGAAAUUCGUCUCUUGGAACAAAAACAUGCCGGGGUUGUUAGAGAUUUAACGGCUCGUUUGGCUAGUGACCGGGAAAACUGGUGUAAUCUCAAUUCACGUUUGGAAGCACGCAUUAAAACCUUUGAACAAGAUGAAAUAAAAUUAAAAACCGAAUUGGAAUUAGUACGAAAAGAGAACGAAGACUUGGAGUCUGAGCAGCAUAAAAUGCAAAAACAAAUCACCGAAUUGCUGGAAAAAAAUAUUGAACUCCAACGUGAGCUAACCGAUAUGGAUGAGAAGAAACACGACGGCCAAUAUCGCGAGUCACACGACAAGAGUGUGGCGGAUGAUGAAGUUUUAACUUUGGUAGAAAAAAUUUCCAAACUACAGUUAGAAAACUGUAAUUUGCGGGAUAAAAAUGACGAACUUAUGGCUGAAGUUGAAUCAUUACAUCAUGAAAUGAAUAAGAUGAAAAUAAAGAGUAAAAAGGCAAUGGCUUCUCCAGAAGAGGCCACUGCGUCCAAUCAAGAAGAAAGCGACACUAAUUCUGGAAGUACUGCUACCAAACGUCGUGGCGAUUCACCAACAAAAACAAGGCUCAUUGAAGAAAGCCCACGUCUAGGAAAAUUAAGAAAAUGCGCCAAUGAUGAAACACACACUUGCAGUGAAAAUAGUGACACCAGUGGUGAAUGGAUGGCUUUAAAUUCGGAAUUGCAAAAUUCACAGCAAACAAAAACAUUGAAGCAGGCCCAAGAAGAAAUUGAAAGCCUACGUAAACGUAUUAAAGAUUUGGAAGAGGAAUUGAAGGUGGCCAAAGAAGCAGCACCACAAAAGGUGGUUAUUGCAGAUGGUACGGAGUCAUGUUCACCCACUCCUGAAGAACGUUGCCGUGAAUUGGAGGCUAGUUUGGAACAAAUGCAAAAGGCCUAUGAGGAUUGUGAAGAUUACUGGCAAGCAAAAUUGACCGAAGAAAGGGCCCUAUUUGAAAAAGAGCGACAAAUUUAUGAAGAGGAGCAACAGGAAAGCGAUAAAAAAUUCACUGAGCUUAUGGAAAAAGUACGUGAAUAUGAGGAACAAUUCAGCAAGGACGGUCGCCUUUCGCCCAUCGAAGAAAAGGAUAUGCUGGAACAGCAAUAUGCUGACUUGGAAGCCGAAGCUGAGGAAAUUCGAGAGAAUGCUCGAAAAAUGUUUGAAGAAAAAUCUCAAGAAAUUGAAAUGUUGCAAAAUGAAAUCGAAGAUCUUCGUUUGCGUCUGGGAGAAAGUGUUGAAAUUUUGACUGGGGCCUAUGAACUAAAACCAGAAAAUGCUGCCAGUAAUGCCAUGAAUUUGGCCGAAUCAUGCAGCCCCGCCAGCUCCCCUAUUAGCUAUCUGUGGCACCAAAGCACCAUACAGGAACCCUCGAAAAAUUGUCAACAGUCUGUGGAUAAUAAUUUACCUACCCUUAUGCCGGUAGCGCCGUUGAGCAAUAACGCAGUACGUCUAAAUUUAACAACUUCGGAAACUACAAUUUUCAGCACACCGCCACAAACAUCGUUGCAGUCGCCGAUAGAGAAACCCAGUCAGUCACAAUCGCAAAAUACUGCACCUUCCGAAGCGGGAGAUGUUGCCGAUUGUGAAACCUCCUCGACAGCAUCCGGUAAAAGUUUCGAAACGCACAGUAUACAUUCGAAUCACAGCCUACAACAGCGUAAUAUACAAAUGGCUAACAAAUCCAAUGCCAGCAUAAAGAAUAGUUCAACUAGUCCAACACCGAGUGUUAUGAAAGAAGAGCUAAAGCGUUUGAAAUUCUUUGAACUUUCACUAAAGGAACAGAUAAAGGAUUUAUCUUUGCAAAGGGAUGGUUUGAUAAUGGAACUUCAGCAAUUGCAAGAAGCUAAACCAGUGUUAGAAAAGGCAUAUGCGAGAACGGCACAUCCAUCAUUAAUUCAAAGAGUUAAUCAAUUGGAAUUGAAAAAUCGUCAUUUACAAAAUGUCAUCAAACAACAACAGCAGUACACAGAGUCCAUAAUGCAACAAUCUUGGCGCAAUCACCAGAUAGAAUUGAAUGAAUUGCAUGGUCGUUUAGAAGCUCAGGGUGCGUUGAUUGUUGAACAGGUGCAACGUUUACAAAAGGCCGAUAUAUUGGUCAAAGAUUUGUAUGUGGAAAAUUCCCAUUUGACAGCAUCGGUGCAGAGGCUAGAGCAGCAGAGGGUACGUGCUAGUAUGCUCCAACAGCAGCCCCAACAAAGACCAAAUUGUUCAGUACUACCAGGAAUGCCUUAAAUUGUUAAAAUAUGAU